AGAAGUUUAAAUGUACUCAAAAAAUACCAGAGAAGCAACGAAAAGAACUCGAGGACGAAUUUCAGAAGACGGGUGAAAUGCCAUUUUGCAACCUCUGUAAAAAUAAACAUAUUCGUUGUAAAAACUUUAGUUGUUCAAAUUGCUGUGAAAAGUUUAAAUGUAACAGUCCGGGAAAAUGUGAUUACUGCAAAAAACUUGGAAUUGAAUGUGAAUAUACAUUUCCACGAACGCAAGAAGAAUUCGAAAAGUAUUCAAUUCCACGAACGCAAGAAGAAUUCGAAAAGUAUUCAAUUCCACGAACGCAAGAAGAAUUCGAAAAGUAUUCAAUUCCACGAACGCAAGAAGAAUUCGAAAAGUAUCCAAGAUUAGUCUACAUAAUUCAUCAGUUUGAAAUAACAGAAGGAGGAAGGGUAUAUAAUCAGGCGCAUUUAAUUUUUAAUAUAAAAAUGACUAUUACUUCGGUUAAAAAACUAUUUAAGGAUGAUGAAAUCUUUUUUUCUAAAGAAAGUGCAAAAGAUGAUUCCUCUUCUAAUCAGGAAUAUGCAAAAAAAAUAUAUAAUCGAUGCAAAUUGCAUCAUAAUGAACAUUGUGAUGAUAAAUGUUGUUUAAGUAGAACUCUAGCACGCUGUAAGGGUUCUCCAGAAAUUGUUGGACCUUUUGAAUUCGGUAAAUGGAAAUGUCUUGAAGGUUCAAAUAAAAAUAAAGAAUGUGAGAAAAUUAUUGAAAUGAAAUUGGACGAUAUGAAACGUGUUAAUAAUAUAAUUACGUAUAGUAUCCCCUUUAAUCAAGUGAUAGACAAGUCUGCCGAACUUUUACCUCGAGGGUGGAUUAAUAGUUUAAAAACGUUGAAAAAUCUUGAAGAAGAAAAAUCAAAAAAUAAGACUAAACACAUUCCUGAAAAAAAACAUUAUCCAAAAAAUUUUUUCUUUUAUGGUGAUUCUGGACCUGGAAAAUCAACUUUAAUGGAAAAAUUAGCCGUUGCAUUAAGUAAAGGUCGUCCACAUUGUAUUAAAGCUAAAGAUCGUGAAUAUAUUGAUGAGUAUCAGAAUCAAGUAUGUAUUAUUAAAGACGAAUUAACUCAUGACACAUUUAAUUUCGAGGAUUUAUUGAGUUGUUGUGAAAAAGAUAACCUAGCAAUUAAACAAAGGAAUAAAAUGCCUAUUGGAAUAGUUUCAAAGUUUCACUUGUUUACAGCUCAAGAUUCUUUUGACAAUAUAUUUUGUUUUGAAAAAUGCAAAGAUGGCGUUAAAAGUAAAGAUGAGCCUGUUAAAAGCAAAGAAAAACGGAUUGCUAUUUUUAGAAGAUUCACAAAAGCUCGAGCAUAUACGCAUGGAUACAUAAUUAAACUUGAAGGAAGAUAUGAAAGAGAUGGACGUGUAAAAUUUAUUAUUGAAUCUGAUGAACUUAAUAACCCAGGUGAUUUAAAUGAAUUUAUUCAUGGAAACUUUGAUAUCAAAUUUGUCGAAGGUAUUACAUUGGAGGAAGCAAAAAAAUAUGUUUACGAUGACGAAAUUGAUGAUCUAUAUAAAGAUGAGGAUGAGGAAGUCUACUUAAAAAUCAAAGUUGACAUGUCACAUAUAUUAGGAGGUGUCAUAUGUGACGUUAAUGACAAAGAAAAUUCUUUCUGGGUAUAUAAUAAAAAUUGGCAAGGUGAUCUCCCUUCAAAUUUUAUUUAUCCAGAAAACUUAAACAAAAUUAAUAAAAAAUUACGUGAAAAAAUACAAUCUUCAGAAAAUUUAAAUAAUAUUGAUAAAAAAUUACGUGAAAAAAUACAAUACGACGAAUCUUUGGAAUUUGACCAUAAUGAAAAUCUUCGUGAAGAAGGAAAUUAUGAAGAAAAUAGUUUUCGCGAAAAUGCUCCAGAAGGGAAUUGUAUGGAAGAAAAUAAUUUAGAUAAUAAUUUUAUUGACGAGGAACCAAGACAAAUUCAAAACAAUCACGAAGAAUCGAACAAAAAACAUCUAUUCGAGGACGAGGAGUCGGACAUCGAUGAGGAUGAUAGACAU